CUUCUCAUUUACUCAAAUUCUCAUUUCAGUGAAGAAAGGGUUAGUAUACUGCAAAGCAAAUAGAGAAAAAUGUCUUUGGUUUUUAGUUGUUCUCAUCUAGAUUUUCACUCUCUGAAAUUACCUUCCUCUGUUCCCUCCCCAAAAUCCCAUCUUUUAUACUACAAGGUUUCCAUGUCUUCCACCAUGUCCACCACCUCCAAGGUGCCUGCUGGUAAUUUGAACAAGCCUCUUAGCCUUGCUCACAAGCCACGUUCUCUAGUAACUCAUUUCAUGCCACCCGAAAAGAAAGAGUUGUUCAAAUCCUUAGAAGACUGGGCUAAAACCAAUGUCUUGGUUCACCUAAAACCAGUGGAGAAAUGCUGGCAACCACAACACUUUCUUCCAGACCCGUCAUCCGAUGGAUUCUUGGAUCAAGUGGUGGAACUGAGAGAGCGAGCAAUGGAGCUUCCAGACGAUUACUUUGUUGUGUUGGUCGGAGACAUGAUCACAGAAGAAGCUCUUCCAACUUACCAGAGCAUGCUUAAUGGGUAUGAUGGAAUUGGGGAUGAAACAGGGUCAAGCCUCAGUCCUUGGGCUGUUUGGGUAAGGGGAUGGAGUGCUGAAGAGAACAGGCAUGGUGAUCUUCUCAACAAGUACCUCUAUCUUUCUGGCCGUGUUGACAUGAAACAAAUUGAGAAGACUGUGCAGUACCUGAUUGGGUCCGGAAUGGAUAUUCAAACGGAAAGCAAUCCCUACCUAGGACUCAUUUACACAUCAUUUCAAGAGAGGGCAACAUUUAUUUCUCAUGGCAACACAGCCAGGCUUGCCAAGCAUUAUGGUGACAGCAACUUAGCACAAAUAUGUGGUACAAUAGCCUCUGAUGAGAAGCGUCAUGAAAUUGCUUACACCAAGAUAAUGGAGAACUUGUUUCAGAUCGAUCCUGACGCAGCUGUCAUUGCAUUUGCCAACAUGAUGCAGAAGAAAAUUGCUAUGCCAGCUCACUGGAUGUAUGAUGGUCAUGACGAAGAUUUAUUCGUGCACUUCUCAACGGUUGCUCAGCGGCUCGGUGUGUACACUGCGACGGACUAUGCUAACAUACUGGAGUUUUUGUUGGACAAAUGGCAUGUAGAGAAGCUUAGUACACUCUCCGGCGAGGGACGAAAGGCUCAGGAUUAUGUUUGUGGGUUAGGUCCAAAAAUUCGAAGGCUAGAGGAGAGAGCUCAAUUGAGAGCCAAGAAAACACCUGUUAUACCUUUUAGCUGGAUUUUUAACAGAUCGGUGAAGCUCUAAGUAAAAUAGGAAAAAUUAUUUCAUAUCCCGUGUGACAAUGUCACGUAACAAUCUUGAUAAUUGAUUUGUGUGGAUUCUACAUAGAUCUUACGUAGAACCUGCACAUAUCAAUAAUCAUAAUUGUUUUGUAGCAUUGCCAAGUCAAUGCCCCUAAGGACCAACUAAUUGUUCAUAAAAUAGGGGACAAAUGAUGGCUCUACUAAGCCAACAUAUAAGGGAGGGAGUUGAACAUCUUGGGAACCACAAGUGAUUGAGUGAAAGAUAUGGGCAUUUGAUUUUUUACGCUCUUUUAUUUAAGUGUGGGACUCAAGUAGAUUUUAUAUCCAUAUGAGAAUGUGUAAGAAUGUAUGCAGAAAAUUAAGUAAUUCUCCAACAUUGUUGUAAAUGAUAAUUGUGGUUGAUAAACCUAGUCUUCUUUUUCAAAAUUUAGGGGCUGCAAACAAACUCA